GUUAUUCCUAUCGUGUAAUUUUCAUAACGUAGUUACAAUGCACAGUCCCCCUUAUUUCUGUCGCACAAUGUAAUCAGGUAGCAGUCUCUUGUGAGCCUCCGAACGGUCUAUAUCUUUUGCUAAGAGAGGAUUAGAGGACCUGCCAUCUAAUUGCCCAGUUGAAUAAUGGAUGGUAUUGAAAUUCUCUUUGAGAAUAUCUGCCUCAAUAUAACAUGUGACAGUGUUGCAAAUAGUGAUGAUUAUUUUCCGGACACCAUGUCAGAGUCCAACAUGACUGAAAUGACGACGAGUGAGGUGAAAGAGAUGGUGUUGGAUCGCCUUAGGAACCGAAUUAAUGGAAGAACUCUCAGAGUUGUCACACUAAAUGACAAACCACUGAGUUUUGUGGAUACGGUCAAUGGGAGUCUGGUGGGAACUGGGGUGUCGUUUGAUCUUCUUGAAUUUCUUACUGAAAAGUUCAACUUUACCUACGAACUAAUUGUUCCUGACAAGAACAUCGUGGGCUCUACACAGGAUUUCGAGGGGAGUUUAAUUGAGAUUCUGAGUGAGGGUAAAGCAGACCUAGCCGCAGCUUUUUUGCCUAUUCUAUCUGAUGCUCGUGAACACAUCUACUACUCAAAGACUACUCUCGAUGAAGGUGAAUGGAUUAUGAUAAUGACGAGACCGGCUGAAUCAGCAACGGGUUCGGGUCUCUGGGCACCUUUUGAUCUCAAUGUCUGGAUUUUGAUUCUUCUUUCUUUAAUCUGUGUCGGACCCAUAAUUUACCUUCUCAUCAUCAUUCGAAUGAAGCUGACAAAGGAUAAGGACCAGCAGGUCUAUCCCCUACCCCAUUGCAUUUGGUUUGUCUACGGUGCCCUAAUGAAACAGGGCAGUGUCCUAUCUCCAAUUGGAGAUUCAACGAGACUUCUAUUUGCCACCUGGUGGAUCUUCAUCACAAUCCUCACAUCCUUCUAUACGGCAAACCUCACGGCGUUCCUAACAUUGUCAAAAUUCACCCUGCCCAUCAAUAAUGUGGGUGAUAUUCUGAAGAAACAGAAGAAUUUCAUCGCAAAUAGAGGCGGUGCGGUGGAGUAUGCAAUCAAGAAUAAUGGCGAAGCCCUUACUCAACUUAGUCGAAUGGUGGAGAGGAAUUUGGUACAAUUCUCUGAUUCACUCAAUGACACCCAAAUCCUCAUGCAGGAUGUUGAGAGGAAGAAUUACUUGUAUGUCCGAGAUCGACCAGCUAUAAAUCAUCUUAUCUACAGCGAUUACGUCUAUCGGAAGACAAUAAGUUUGACAGAUGAGAAAAUUCAGUGUCCCUUUGCUGUGGCCAAGACACCCUUCAUGAAACGCAAGAGGGCAUUUGCAUAUCCCAAAAAUUCAUCACUCCACCUCUUAUUUGAUCCGGUACUCCUGCAUCUGGUGGAGUCUGGGAUUGUCAAGUACAAACUGUGGCAGGGACUACCAAAUGCCGAAAUUUGUCCAUCUAAUCUCGUGAGCACAGAACGUCAGCUGAGGAAUGGUGACCUUAUGAUGACGUACUACAUCAUGAUAGCGGGAUUUUGCACCUCAACCGUGGUAUUUGUCAGUGAGCUCUUCUUCAGAUACCUCAACAACCGGGGCAUUUGCAUGCCAAAGGAUGGACGAGAGCGUCUCCAGAGGAAAUUGCACGUAUUCAAGGAGAAUGUCAAAGUCGACAAUGUGACACCACCACCACCCUAUACCACCCUCUUCAAUCGCAGUCGAAAUAUUCUCGGGAGUAUUGCUGAACCCAAAGAAUUCGCUGCUAGAGAGACAAACACCCUCCAGAGGCAAAAUAUCAAUGGACGAGAAUAUUUUGUGGUGAAAGGAAAUGAUGGUGCAUCGAGAUUAAUUCCUCUGCGAGUUCCAUCAGCCGCGCUAUUUCAGUAUUCAUACACCAAGUAGUUUCCCUUUCUGGAUAUAUCACGUACGAAUGGAAGCAAUUGAAAUUCACAUACUAACUUACCCAAGAAGCAAAAUCCACAUUUGGGUAUAAAUACGUGUAAAAGUCCCUGAGCUAUUUCUAAGUUUGAUAUCUUACUGAUAAGGGUAACUACCACCAAAUAAAUAGUGCCAUAAACAGGAUUUUAAUCAUGCAUUUUCUUAUAACAUUUUACUUUGAAAAUUUUUACAAGAUGGUUGAGGAAAUUAGGAAUUAAGGAAAUUAUUCAAUUUUUUUUAAAUAAAAUUUUAUUUAAAAAUUAGCUUUAUCAACUUA